AUGAGUAAUAAUAAUAAUAAUAGUAAUAAUAAUGAAAGUGAUAUAAUAACUAGUAACAAUAAUAAUAAUAAUAAUAACAAUAAUGUAGAAUAUGAAUAUAAUAAUAAUGUGAACCAUUAUGAAAAUAAUAAUAUAAUUGAAAAUGAAGAAUUGUACAUAAUAACAGACGAUAUAAAUAACAAUAAAUAUAUACGGAAUAAUAAUAAUAAUAAUAAUAAUAAUAACAAUAAUAAUAGUAAUAAUAAUAGUAAUAACAAAGAUAAUAAUAGAAUUAAUAAAGGAAGUAGUAGUAGUAUAAGUAGUAAUGAAAUCACCGAUAUUACACCAAUCAUUAAAUCAAUAAAUGGUGAUAAUGAAGAUGAUGAAUUACCUUUAUCAAUUUCACAAAAAGAAUCAAAUACUAAAAAAGUUAGAAGGCAUGUUAUUGGUAGUUUAUUAGUAUUAUCAGUUGUAUCUUUAUGGGUAGCUUCAAGUAUUAUUACUCAAAUUAUUUUUACAAGUGAAUCAUAUGAUAAACCAUUCUUUCUUACAUAUUUUGGAACAUCAAUAUUUUCAUUUUAUUUAGGAGGUUAUUUUAUAAAGUGGAAAAAAUGGACAUCAAUUCCAUUUAAUACUAAACAAGAUAAUGAUUACGAUUAUGAAAAUAAUUUAAAUAAAAAUGAAUCAACAACACCAAUAAUAAUUAAAGAUAAAAAUUUAGAAACAGGUUUAUCAAAAACUAUAUCAACAUCAACAACAACAACAACAACAACAACAACAACAACAACAACAACAACAGCAACAACAAAUUAUAAAUUUACACUAAAACAAAUUUUAAGAAUAAGUCUUUUAUUGGCACCAUUUUGGUUCUUUGCAAAUUAUACAUAUAAUCUAUCAUUAGAUAAAACUUCUGUCUCUACAAAUACAAUCCUUUCAACACUUUCUGGUAUAUUUUCUUUGUUUUUAAGUGUUAUUUUCAAAGUUGAUAAAUUUACAAUUGAAAAAUUAUUUGCAACUUUAUUAACAUUAAGUGGUGUUAUUUUAGUUAGUUAUUCAGAUUUUGAUAAAAAUUCAAAUGGUUCGGAUACUGUAGUUGGUGAUAUUUUAGCAAUAGUUGGUGCAUUUUUAUAUGGAUUAUAUUCAGUUUUAGUAAAGAAAUUAAUUGGAUCAGAAGAGAAUUUACCAAUGCCAAUGAUGUUUGGAUAUUUAGGUUUAUUUAAUUUAAUCUUUUUAUGGCCAAUAUUUUUCAUUUUAAAUCUUACAAGUUGGGAAGUAUUUGAAUUACCAUCAUCAAGAGUAUUGGUAUACUUAAUAUUUAAUGGAAUUUUCGGUAGUUUCAUUUCCGACCUAUUGGAUUCCUAUUCAGUUGUAAUGACAAGUCCUGUAAUUAAUUCAAUUGGCUUAUCUUUAUCAAUUCCAUUCGCAAUGAUUUCAGAUUUCGUUAGAACCGGUAAAAAAUUCACAUUGAUGUAUUUAUUUGGUAGUUGUUUAGUGGUUUUAGGUUUUUUACUCAUAAAUUUAGCUUCAUCAAUUUUUGAAAAAAAUUUAAAAUUUAUAGAAGCUAAAUUGUUUUCGAGGGUUAAGAAUUUAUUAAACAUAAAGAAAAAUGAUUAA